UCAAUAGUUUAAGAGUUAAGUUGUUCAUUUUUUUUUCUUCAUCUUUUUCCUGCUCAUGAUAAUUUCUCAUUUGAAAUACAUGAUGAUUCCGAUUUAGAAAUUGAAACUUUCAUAUCGAAGUUUGUUUUUUCUUCUUCUAAGAUUAACUAUGAACACCAACAAUCAACUAAUCAUCAGAAAGUAAUCAAACAAUCAUCGUAAAUAACAACAGUUAGAAAGAGGAAGAAAAAACUUCGAGUGUAUCUUUAUGUUCAUCUUUUGAUCUUGUUCUUCCUUUUAUCUCCUUAAUCAUCUUCUAGUCUCUCUCUCUCUCUCUCUCUCUCUCUCUCUCUUUCAUCCUUUUCAUCAUCUUGUCAUCCUUUUCAAACCGAAUUGACUUUAACCUCUCUCAUUGACCACCAACAGAAAGUAAAAACUUUUGGUCACUACAAGAGGGAUAAAACUUGACCUUUACUUGAGUUAAUCUUUCAACAGUCAAGAUGAUAAUAAGUUAUAAAUUGUUGACUAUCUGGAUAAUCCCAAUUAUUUACUCAAUUUUAAUUAAAGGACUUUCAUGUUUAAGGAUAAAACAAUUCCAAGUUCCAAGAUUAUUAUCUGCUGGAGAUUCUGGCAGAUUUAUAUGUGACUAUGAAUUAGAUUAUGGUGAUCGCUUGUACUCACUGAAAUGGUACAAAAACGAGACUGAAUUUUAUCGUUACAUUCCUCAUAGUUUCCAGAAGAUUCAACUGUUCCCCAUGCCAGAGAUACCAUUAGAGCUGCCAAAAUCAGUUAAUGGUACAACGAUUGUUAUUUCUGAUGUUAUUCCUGAGACCAGUGGUAAUUAUAAAUGUGAAUUAUCAGCUGAAGGAUCAUUUUUAACUGUUCAUCGAGAGCAAAUGUUAAUUGUUACAGAUGGAUCGAUUUCCUUACACUGGAAAAGUUAUCUCAAUUUAUUAAUUGUUAACUGGUUAAUGAUAUCGUUUAAUUGUUUACCUGUGAGAUUAUAAUCAAUGGCGAUUCCUGGAGAUUGAUGAAACUUUCUUGUUUCUACUAUGAAAAUGAUAAAGAUAAAGAUGAUGAAGAUGCUGAUGAAGACGAUUGAUCAUUAACUGUAAACAAUCAACUAAUUGUUUACACAGAAGGAUGAAGAUGAUUAAGGAAAAAAUUUCUCCACAAUCAACAAGUUAAAGCUUCAAUGAACUCAAAGCAAACAAUCAUCAAGUUGAUUAUCAUCAUGAUCAACUGGAUGGUGGUGAUGAUCAAGAUGAUCAAGAUGAUCAAGAUGAUUAAGUGAUGAUAAUGAAGCUCAAUUAAAUACCCUAACGAAGUGCCCAAUCAACAACAAUUAAACAAUAAUCUAAUAUCAAUCUUUGUUUUCUAGUCAACAUAUCCAAUCAUAAAUUAACAUGAUCCAUUGGUUUAAUAUGAAAAUGAUUUGAAGCAAUUAACUAAUCACAUCAUUUAAUCAACUAUCAAGUUGAAUAGUCCUUCAUAAUUAUACAAUUUUAAUUGUAACUUUGAAACAAUUAACUGAUGACCAACACUAUUAGCUGUGUGUAUUUGUGUGAAAGUGUUAAUUGUUGAUCAAUUAUCCUCGCUGAGAUAAUAGUUAAUUAUUAAUAUAAUCAAAUGAUUAACAAUUGAAAAUAUCUGUUAUCAGCAAUUAAAACAAAUCAAUUAAGUGCCAAAAACAACAAAUUAUUAAUCACAAUUAAAGACUAAUCAUUUUCACCAUUUUGUAGUAAAUGUAUUAUAUCAAUAAUUAAUUGCCUAUUGUAACAAUUAACAGCCAUUCUUGGAGCAAUUAAAAACUUUUAAUCAUCAACUAGAUUUACUAAAUUGUAGCCAAUUGAUUAAGCUUUUUUUUCCUUGUUUAACUAAAUUUGGUUCCCUUUUGGUGAUCAAUUUAAUCACAAUUAACGGUUUUCCCAUAUUCGUGACUAUCCUUUAAUCACAUUGUUAAUUCUAAUUGAUUGUGAUGGUCAUUUUCAUGAUUACAAUUAAAGAUUAUUAGAUUACCUUUAUUAUCACUGGAAACAAUUAGAAUUGAAUUAAUUUAAUCAAACCAAUUAUUCUGGUCACGAAAUUGAAAUGAAUACAAGUUACAUGAAAUGAUUAUAAUCGUAAAGUGUUGUUGAUUUAAUUUAAUUUACUAACAGUGAAAGUGGAUAAAUAUGAUUAACAAUUAGUUAAUCACUUGAAAUUAUAACAGAUUAACAUAAGUUAAGUUAAUAUUGAUAUUCUAAUGUUAAUAAAUUGAUAUUAAUAAUACA